AUCGGCUUAGACGGCACGCGAGAAGCAGCUUUGAGAGUCAUCCGGCAUCAGUCAUCAGUCGACAGCUCGGACAGCUGGCGAAUGGAGAGCUCGUAUCGGCUUGCAGAGCUUUGUCCAACGCCAUUCAGACAGGAGCUGCCAGUGGCUGGCACAUAAUUUGAGGCAGGCGGGAGGAUUUAUCAUGUACCAGGUGCUACAUACAAGCGGUUUCGUAUGUACAAGUGGCUUCGUACAAACGACAGGCCAUGUCAUGUCAUGCCUGAUGGUCGCUCUACACUGAGUCUACAGAAUGUACAAUGGGGCGGUGGUUCUGUGUCUCAGCCUCUGUUUCUGGCCCUCUAGCCUUAUCGGCACAAACGAUGGGAUGAAGAUCCCGCUCGCCUGUCGCAUUUGCUACCUGCCCUAUCAACCCUCUGAAUCUCCGGCCAUCACCACAAGUUGCAUCUCAACAAUCCCGAGCGAUUGCCGCAGCGGCCCAGCGGUCGGUAGUGACGGCGCAAGCGCGGCUCCAUCCUUGUGCGAUCUGAUUUCCUUGUAUGGAGUACCGCGAGGGAACAACUGUGUCGCUGUCAUCAAUGUCAUCCUGGCCGUUGGCUACGCUGGGCGGGACUCGGCAUAGUAGCGCCUCCAUUCCAGUUGCUAGGCCUAGCCCGUGCGACGCCGAGUAUCCACGCUGCAGAGUACGUGUUACAUGUUUUGCUUCU